UGUAACCUGUCAUCAGCGUCACCAGCGGCUGCUCCUGAUGGCUCCUGAUCCCCUCCGUCGUUGCCUGUCUACCUUCGCGCUGCUCCCUUCAGUCAUUGCGCGCAAAUUCGUUUGGUUUCCUGCUUGCUCGCUAUCCUCGCUUCUCGCUCUGUUAGUCCGUCUUUAAUGUCUUCCCUGUCUUUGAUGCCAGCGUUAGUUCGGUAAUGUACUCUUCAUCGAAUUCCUUCCUGGGCGGCGCCAGCGGCGCUCGUCCAGGACAGCCUUUCAUCCAGCAGUCCCCAUACUCGCAAUUUGCUCCCGGUCAGCAGCAGCAACCGCCGCAGCCGACUGGGUUUGCUUCUCAGCCGACCGGGUAUGGCCCUCAACUGUCUAGUUUCGGGGCCUCUCAGUUGCAGCCUCAAUCCACGGGGUUCCCGGCUGGUCAACUCCAACCCCAGUUCACCGGCUUCCCUGCUGCAGUGCCACAGUCGCAGCAAACUGGCUUUCAGCCCCCGGCUCAGCAGCCGCAGUUCACCGGAUACCCCGCUCAGACGCAGCCUCCGCAGUUGCAUGUCCCCUCGAGCACUGGCCUUCCUGUUCGUUCGGCGCCACGGACUUCGUCGGAAAUAGCGGACUCGUUCCAGGGUGGUGUCGGCAUAGCUCCACCACCACCGCCUAAGUCGGUCGGCAAUAAGAUACCUAAUAUUCGACUAUCGUUCAUCACUGCGCAAGACCAGGCCAAAUUCGAACAGCUCUUCAAGUCUGCGGUUGGGGAGAACCAGACAAUGAGUGGAGAUAAAGCAAAAGAGCUUCUGUUGCGGUCUAAGCUCUCCGGGGGUGAUUUGUCCAAGAUAUGGAUCCUCUCGGAUUCUACCAAAUCCGGGCAGCUUUUCUUUCCCGAAUUCGCUUUGGCUAUGUACUUGUGCAACCUCAGAAUUACGGGUAGAGACCUGCCGAACUCGCUCCCCGAGAAGAUCAAGAACGAAGUUUCCAGCAUGGUGGACAUCAUUUCCUUCCAGGUUCCUGACACUCAGCCGGAACCAGUCAUGAGAACCAAUGUUCCGAGCUUCGAUGCUCCGCUGCUGGAAAAUAAAUCUGCCCCCCCGCCCCCCCAGCAGCCACAGCCACAGCAGCCGAGCAAUGCGCAGCUUCUCACGCAGCUCACAGCACAGCCUACAGGAUAUACCCAGGCAACCGGCUUCCAGCAGAACCAGCCCUCUUUCUCGGGUCUGAACCCCGCCCUUGCCCCGCAAGCUACUGGGUUCCCCGGACAGUCUCAUCAACAACUUCUACAGCCUCAACCAACUGGGUUCAUGACUAACCCCCAGCCAACAGGGUACAGCGGGCCUCGUCCCCCAAUGCCCCCAAUGCCUACUGGAUUUGGGUCACCCGUGAAUCCUGCACCGACUGGGGGUAUGUCUGCCCUGACUGCGCAGCCUACUGGGGCUCCGGGCCAAUGGGGAUUUGUGAAUGCUCCAUCGUCCGGUUUGCCUAACAUUGAAGCUCUCAAACAGCAACUGAUGCCGCAGCCGGGCCGCGAAGGUGGGUUUUCUACGGUUGGCCUAUCUGGAAAUGCUCAUAUUCCCUGGGCUAUCACCAAGGAAGAGAAAAAGAUCUAUGAUGAUCUGUUCCGCGCUUGGGAUGGUUUCCACAAGGGCUUUAUCGGAGGUGAUACUGCCAUAGAGAUUAUGGGGCAGAGUGGCCUGGAUCGGUCGGAUUUGGAACGCAUUUGGACGCUAGCCGACCCCAACAACAAAGGUCGCCUGAACAUGGAUGAAUUCGCCGUGGCGAUGCAUCUCAUCUACAGGAAAUUAAACGGAUACCCAGUUCCCAAUCGCUUACCUCCAGAGCUUGUCCCUCCAUCUACAAGGAAUUUAAACGAUUCGAUAGGCACGAUCAAGUCUAUGCUCUCUCAAGAUGCAGAGACCAGAAAAGCUUCCGGCGCCUUUCUACAACCGCAGAAGACCGGGGUGAGCUACCUCAAAGAGCAUUCUUUCCGUGGUGGUGCAGUGUCUCCAGGGGUUGGUCGCAAAGAUGCUACGCUGUUCAAGAACAACGACGAGGCGGCUGCCGGAUAUCGCUCCAGUGCUCGUCGUCGUGUUGGAAACAAUGGCCGAACACCGUCUCCUGCUGCUUCUCAAGCAUCCGAGGAAGAGCUUUCCGUCGAGCAACUAAAAAAAAAGAUUCGUGAAGCUCAGAUUAUGUUAGAUGCGGUGGAUUUUCAGGAUGAGAAUCAAGCGGAGGAGGAUGAUGCUUUGGAUCGGAGAGAUCGGAGAGAAGCAGAGAGCCUUAUGGAUCGGAUACGAAGGGUACAGGAUGACAUUGAUACCCACCCCGAUGCUUCUUUCCGCAAUCUUGAUACCGGGGCCGAACGGAGGUCACUCCGUCGUCAACUGCAGGCUUACGAGGACCAAGUCCCUCAAGUGGCAUCGGAAGUCAGGCGUGUUGAGCGCGAGAUUGCUGAGGUCAAACUUGAGUUGUUCCGUCUGAAGGAUGCAAAGGAUCAUCCUAACAGCGCGUCUUCCAUUGUGGGUACGGGACCUGGGGGUACAGUCACAGAGGCCGAUCGUAUUAAAGCACGUGCUCGUGCCAGGAUGCAAGCCCGCGCCGCUGAACUUUCUGGGAGGCCCGUUCCUGCUACCCAGGAUGACGACGGGGCUGCAGCUCGCCGGUUUGAGGCCGAAAGUGCUAAUGUCAAGUCGGAACGAGAGAGGAACGAGAUCAUGACCGGCGACGUGGAGGACAGUGUUCAAGAAUUCGCGCGGAGUCUAGAAGAUAGCCUGAAGGAUGGUGGUGAGAGUUCAACACGUGAGCAUGAGCAGCGACGAUGGGAGGAUGCCUUAGGUGUUGAAGAGGUGAUCCGAGACUUCAUUUACGAUUUGAAAAGGAACAGUCGCACGGCCUCUGUCCGCAAGGAAGAGCAACUAAGAGCAUCAGAUACGAGAGAGCAGCGGUCUCGUUAUGAUGAGCCAACGCUGGCGAAUACGACCACAGUGCAAUCUUCCCCAACACCUACUGGCUCAGCCGGAUCAGUACCCGGAUCUACGCACGAGGACCGUGUUGCAGCUGCCAGAGAACGUGCGCAGAGGCGCAUUGCUGAAAGAAUGGCAGCUGCAGGGCUCAAACCUCACAAUGACUCAACGGAGACUCUACUCCAACGACAAGAGCGCGAAAGAAAGGAACGCGAAGAGCGGUUGAAACGAGCGGAAGAAGAAGAUGCCAAGCGAGAACAAGAGAGGCAUCGACGUUUGGCCGAGGAACAACGCGGGCCCAUGGCGCAGUCUGCUAAGCCAGUUGGCAAAAAGCCUCCUCCGGCACCGCCUUCGCGGAAGGGUCGGACCGACAGUGCAGGCCAGGCUGACGCAAAGAAGGCAGCAGAAGAAGCAGCCAAAGUAGAGCAGGCUGCCCGGGAGCAAGCUAUUAGAGAGGAACAGCAGGUGCAGGAAGAGGAGACAACCCGUCUAGAGGCCGCGGCCAGAGAACGUGAAACAGAAUAUCAGAAGGAGAAGGAGGCCCAGGAAGCGCGCCUUGCCGCGCUUCAGGAACAGGUUAGACAGGGCAAGAUCAAGAAGCAAGAAGAGAGGCGUCGCAGGGACGAGGCAGCCCGAGCGGCGAAAGAGCAGGAAGCAAGACUAGCAACUCAGCGUGCUGAACUUGAAAUGGCCAAAGAGCGCGAGCGUCAGCUUCAGUUGGAAUUGGAAGGCUUGGAGCAGGAGAGCUCCUCUGAUGACGAAGGCCCUAUUAAUAUCACACCUCAGGAUAAUACUCCGAAUCAGAGUCAGGUUUUCCCUGCGGCAGACACCACCGCAUCGACGCCUCCGGCUCUUGCGCCCUCAGCUCCAGCUUCAGUACCGGAGCUAGAAGUCGUGACCAGCCCUGCUGGUUCUUCUCCUAGGAGCCACGCUGGACCCGCCAGCCUCAGCUCGGAGGCCGAGUCCAAGAAUCCUUACUUCAAGAGAAUCAGCCAGUCUGACAACCAGGUUCCGCCUCCUCCCCCUGCACCUCAGCUCACUGCUCCGAAAACCGAGUCGCAGUCAACCAAUCCUUUCCAUCGGCUGGCGCAGCAGCAAGAAAGCACCAAACCUUCCUUUACUGUCUCCGGACCCCUGGAGCGCAAAUCCCGAGUGCGCCCAGAAGCGGAUGAUGACUGGUCUGCUGCAGGGUCGGACUUUGAUUCGUCUGAUGAUGAUGAUGAACGGCCGGGUGGUGGUAGCGCGAAGCAGCUCGCAAGCAUCUUAUUCGGUACCAUGGCUCCUCCACGGCCUCUGAGUGCCAUGGACGACAAAACCCCGUCAAAGUCGUCCACUCCGGUCCAGGAAAGUCCAGUAAUCCCAUCACCAGCGGCUGAGACAGCCGAAGCACUCUCUGUUCCGACCGCCAUCCCCCCUCCACCGCCGCCACCACCAGCCCCGGCACCGCCGGCAACCGCCGGCUUCAAUGCUGAAGCUAACGCGCCGCCCCCGCCGCCCCCUGCUCCCUCUAUGGCAUCCCCAGUUCCGCCUCCGGGCGCAGGUAUGGGUCUUAGAAAGGUCCAAACAAAUGACCGGAGUACUAGCUCCACCGCGGGUCGUGUUCUGGAUUGAGGCCGAAGUGCGCACAACGUUGGGUAUGCUUCUUCUCUGCUCCACGCGUAGGCGGCCUGGGUGGGUUCUAAGGCGCUGUGCAAGACGCGAUAGAGCGGACAGGAGCCGCCGUAGGAGGAUUCCAACUGUUUCUGUAUCCUUUCCAUGGCCUUUAUUGACAGGUAGGCAUGGAUACUCCUGUGUUUUCGGCCUGUACUAUUGGUUUACGCGGCGCGAAGUACGAUAAUAACUAUGAAUUUGUCUCAGAUGAUCGCUUUAUUCGUAAUAUAUACAUACACAUAUAUAUAC